CUCCUGCAGAGGCCCCCCAGCUGAGUGGAAAGUAGUUUCAAAAGGGCACCCGGUACUGGUUAUUUCCCUAAUUUAGGUUUCGUUAAACAAUUAGCUUGGGUGCCGCCCGGCUCGCAACAUCCCCGUGAAAUCUGGACAAAACCCGUUUCUUUAACCAGUUUUUGCAAAUACCGAACUACAACAAAGAGGAAAAGACUUGAGAUUUCUUACGAAAUCGCAGUGGAAGCAGCAGUCCUGAUUCUCCUGCCAAAACUGAGGGAGAUGCAUCAAGAAAUAAACAACUAAAUGAUUACACCGUCACGUUUGUAACAUCGUUUUUAUUCUUCCAUUUAUUCACCUAGUAAUAACGGGGGUUAUUUCCAAGAUAAGAAUUGGAUGCCAUAGGAGUAUAAUUUUUUUCUACCUUUCAUGUGUGUGUGAUGGAGAGCUUGUGUGUACAUCGCAUUCCCCGUAAGUGGGUCACGUAGGGAGAGUUGUGACACUGCAGCAAUAGUGUAGACUGAACCCACAGUCGUCUCAUAACCACAGCGAAGCUUCGGGUAGCUCGGGGCUCUAACCCAAUUGGGACAUGCAAGGCAUGCUGCAAUUUUUAAUGUGGUGUAGCAAGGCAUGACGGGAACCUGGUUAUGGUUGUACACUUAAGUUGUCUCAGCAUAGGUAGGGGCCAGGGCUUGGAAUUCUUGCCGUUUAUGCCUUGAUUUUUCUGGGAAGGGUCAGAGUUUUGCUGCGUGGGUAUUUGGUUUAUGCCCUUACUGCAAAUAAGCAGAAGUACUGUUCUUUCGUUAGGAGCAGGCAGAGGACUGUCUUACAUAUUUCUUUUUCAUAAAGAUGGCUUUUCUGAAGUUUCUCCUUUUUCUCUUUUUCCUAUUUUCCCUUUCUUUGAUGAGAACAGACGAACUGACAGUUUCUGUGCAUAUUAAAGCUCUUCCUUCUAAGGAACUCUAUUUUUAAAGUUGUUCUGUCUUUAAAGCGUGACAGCUCGUCUAUUUCUUUUUAUUUCAUCUUGAUUACCUUGCAAGGCCUAUUGAGUCAAGGAUUUGUAAUGUGGCAAGACUAGUGCGCUCUCUGCGUUGCUUCUCUUGACCGACGGUACUCAAGAUCAGCUUUACAGAAAAUACCCAUUUUUAUUUUGGGAGGUUAUUUUGUUGCUAAUAGCUUAAUACCAUUUCUUCCAUUAAUAUAUCAUUUUCUAUCUGUCCUUCUGCUUGAAAAUACUGCCUUGACUUUCAUAAAACCAAAACCAGCCAAGUCUCUGAAUAAACAGGUUAAAGUCAAUUUGUAAGAACUAACUUUACACGUGGAAUUAGGUGUAUUUUAGAGUUGUAUUAACUCUCAAUCCAUGUGAAGCUGGCACAGACCCAAGCCAAGUGGAAGACGUAGAUGUUUAGCUCUUUUCAGAGGUAUAAAACCUGGUUUUAGGUGCCUAGGCCUUUUCUGUCGUAGUGGUAGAAGGGCAGUUCCCGAAUUACUGAGAUUUGAAUAAAGAGCCACGUAGAUUUGGGUGUUGAGAAGGAGUAAGUGUAGGGACAUGGCUGGGCACCUGCUUCUCCUUGACAGUUUAGGUUCCCAGACUUGAACUGAAAAUUGAUUCUGUCUGCUUCGGUGCCAGAACCUGCUCCCGAGACACUGUGACUGAUGAGAGUUAAAGGCCAUGGAUGAAGAUGGGCUUGAAUUGCAGCCACAUGAGCCAAAUGCAUUUUUUGAUCCAACAGGAGCUGAUGCAGCACAUAUGGAUGGAGAUCAGAUUGUUGUGGAAGUACAGGAAACAGUGUUUGUUUCAGAUGUAGUCGACUCAGAUAUAACCGUGCAUAAUUUUGUUCCUGAUGAUCCAGAUUCUGUAGUAAUCCAAGAUGUCAUUGAGGAUGUUGUUAUCGAGGAUGUUCAGUGCCCAGAUAUCAUGGAGGAGCCAGACGUAUCUGAAACUGUCAUUAUUCCUGAACAAGUGCUGGACACAGAUGUAGCCGAAGAGGUUUCUUUGGCUCAUUGCACCGUCCCAGAUGACGUUUUAGCUUCUGACAUAACAGCAGAAGCAAUGUCUAUACCAGAACAUGUACUGACAAGUGAGUCAAUGCAUGUACCUGAAGUUGGACAUGUAGAACAUGUAGUUCAUGAUAAUGUUGAAGAAGCAGAUAUUGUCACUGAUACUCUGGGAACAGAUGUUGUUUCUGAGGAAGUCUUGGUGGCAGACUGUGCAUCAGAGGCAGUCAUCGAUGCCAAUGGAAUCCCUGUGGAACAUCAAGAUGAAAAGGGCAACUGUGAAGAUUACCUUAUGAUUUCCUUGGAUGAUGCUGGUAAGAUAGAACACGAAGGUUCUGCUGAAAUUACCAUGGAAGCAGAGUCAGAAAGUGGCUCUUGUAAAGUGGAUGGCAUUUGUCCAGAAGUCAUCAAGGUCUAUAUAUUCAAAGCAGAUCCUGGAGAAGAUGACUUAGGGGGCACAGUAGACAUUGUGGAGAGUGAGCCAGAGAAUGACCACGCAGUUGGACUACUUGAUCAAAAUAGCAGUAUUCGUAUUCCAAGGGAGAAAAUGGUUUACAUGACUGUAAAUGAUUCUCAGCAUGAAGAUGAAGACUUAAAUGUUGCAGAAAUAGCUGAUGAGGUUUACAUGGAAGUGAUUGUAGGAGAGGAGGAUGCAGCAGUGGCCCAUGAACAGCAAAUUGAUGACACUGAAAUUAAAACUUUCAUGCCCAUAGCUUGGGCAGCAGCUUAUGGUAAUAACAACGAUGGCAUUGAAAGUCGGAAUGGCACUGCAAGUGCUCUUUUGCACAUAGAUGAGUCAGCUGGACUUGGGAGACUGGCUAAGCAAAAACCAAAGAAAAAAAGGAGACCUGAGUCCAGGCAGUAUCAAACAGCAAUAAUCAUUGGCCCUGAUGGUCAUCCGUUGACAGUCUACCCCUGCAUGAUUUGUGGAAAGAAAUUUAAAUCUAGAGGUUUCUUGAAAAGGCACAUGAAAAACCACCCAGAGCACCUUCUUACUAAGAAGAAAUACAGAUGCACAGACUGUGAUUACACUACGAAUAAAAAAAUAAGUUUACAUAACCACUUGGAGAGUCAUAAGCUGACCAACAAAACAGAAAAGCUUAUUGAGUGCGAUGAGUGUGGGAAAAGCUUCUCUCAUGCAGGAACUUUAUUUACUCACAAGAUGGUGCACAGGGACAAAGGAGUUAAUAAAAUGCACAAGUGCAAAUUCUGCGACUAUGAGACAGCAGAACAAGGAUUACUGAAUCAUCACCUCUUAGCUGUCCACAGCAAGAACUUUCCUCAUAUUUGCGUGGAGUGUGGCAAAGGAUUUCGCCAUCCGUCAGAGCUCAAGAAGCACAUGCGAAUCCACACUGGUGAAAAACCGUACCAGUGCCAAUAUUGUGAAUACCGAUCUGCCGACUCUUCUAACUUGAAAACUCAUGUAAAGACUAAACACAGUAAGGAAACGCCAUUCAAGUGCGAUAUUUGUUUCCAGACUUUUUCAGAUACCAAAGAGCUACAGCAGCAUACGCUUAUGCAUCAAGAAAGUAAAACACAUCAGUGUUUGCAUUGUGACCAUAAGAGCUCAAACUCGAGUGAUCUGAAACGACACAUAAUUUCAGUCCACACAAAAGACUAUCCUCAUAAGUGUGAUAUGUGUGAUAAAGGCUUUCACAGGCCUUCGGAACUGAAAAAACACGUGGCGGCUCACAAGGGUAAAAAAUUGCACCAAUGCAGACAUUGUGACUUUAAGAUUGCAGAUCCGUUCAUUCUGAGUCGCCACAUACUCUCAGUUCACACAAAGGAUCUUCCAUUCAGGUGCAAGAGAUGUAGAAAGGGCUUUAGGCAACAAAACGAGCUGAAAAAGCACAUGAAAACACACAGUGGCAGGAAAGUUUAUCAGUGUGAGUACUGUGAGUAUAGCACUACAGACGCCUCAGGCUUCAAACGGCAUGUUAUUUCCAUUCAUACAAAAGACUACCCUCACCGUUGUGAGUAUUGCAAGAAAGGUUUCCGAAGGCCUUCAGAGAAGAACCAGCACAUUAUGCGGCAUCAUAAAGAUGUUGGGCUGCCUUAAAGUCUCUUUCACAGACUUAUGGCUGGAAUUAGAAAGGAAUUUUGCCUUUCAGGCAGUUAGCUUAUUUUAAAGCCAAUCACCUGCGAUCACACACAAAAAAACAACAAAAAAACAUACUGUGCAUUUGAUUUGUUGCUGUAUAAAAAUAGGAUUAUUGCUUCUAGUUGACUUUUAUACUUUUUGUUCAAUAGCGUGUUCUGAAUUCUAUUCAGUUUGUUUAAUAAAUGAAGAAAAGAUGGCAACAAUAAAGUUGCAUUUAAUAAAGUAAACCCUGUCUCUUACUGAAUUUUUCAACCGUAAUAGUUUAUUUAAGUAUAUUUAUCUUACUGACCUCGUUGAUACUCACAGUGUCCAUGUUAAUGCAGUUUUGUCGUGAAUUUUAAAAAUAGGAAAUUUCUCUUGAUUAAAAUUGUCAGGGGUGUGUAUAAAAUGGGGAAUUGUGAUGUUGAAGAUAAAGUCACUAGGGCCCACCUGAUUGUCUUGUUUUGACUAUACAGACUUUGUGGCAGGUUAACUAUUUUCCAUUUGAGGAGUUACACAUCUAACUUUAUUGCGGAAAGCUAUUCUGCAUUUCAAUUCAGGUUUCAGAGAGAAGAAUAUUUAAAAAACUGGUUUGGGGCAUUUGUUACCUUUCUUUGGCGAAUUUAAAAGUAUGCUCAAACAUGUUUAUUGUUCUGUGCUUCUUUGUCUUUGAAAGGUUUUGCGUGUUACAAAUGAGUUGGUUUUUUUUUCAAUUUACAGCUGUCUUAAUGUUGGAAACGUAAAAUACUGUUGUUCCAUUUGCAGAGUUAAUAGAUCACAACUGUCUGUAUGUGCCGGUAAAAGUAUCUCAAACUUAAUGCUUUUAUGUAUAUUGGUAUUUCUUUGAAAGAACAGUUUCUGGUUCAAGUCACAUUUUUAUUGUGAGUUGUUUUAGAAUAAAAUUUAAGACCAAGAGGUGCCUCCAUUUUGGAAACGGAGAUAUUUACAGUGAGGGCUUCAGAGGGGGAUGGAGUGGAGCAGAUGCGUUCAUAAGGAGUAGAGAUGUUCUAAUGUAGAUAUCCUCAAUAAGAAAAGUAACUUAGGAUAGAACUGUUUCUAAACUGAAUGUUUUUCCUGAGCCAUUAGCAGCUGCAUUAAGCUGCUGUUUAUUAAUUAGUGCAGUAUCCAGAAUUAACCUAGUUCUUUUAAUCUGUUUAUAAACAGCUGGGAGAACAUUACAAUUAUUAUAUGCAAUUUUGCCACCUGAAGACUAUUAUAAAAUAGCGCCAUAGCAUUUGCUAAUUACAGCAUAAAUGUACCAAGCACGAAGUCAUGUACCUUAACAACAACUGUGGAGCAAAAAACCCAAACCAUUUAAUUACAUGCCAGAUUUUAGGACCCGGCCCUGCUCCCCUUGCUCAAAUUCCCACCAAAGCCGCUGGUCGACGAUGGAUUGCAGAAUUCCGACCUGGCUGCCUGCCGGAUUAGGAUAGAUUUGUAACCAGCAAUUCGCUAGCGGAAAGGGUUCAGAGCCUGGCCCAGUGUUGACUCUUGUUUCUAGGCAGGUAAAGUUAGGAAUGAUUUCAGGUUUGGGGUGAUAAAGGGACAAAGGUUUCCUUUCAGAUGUGCAUCUGCUAAGCCUUUUGUAUUUUGUUUUGUUACUGAGCCCCGCUCCUACUUCUCAGCCCUCCUGUUCCACUGUAAGCCGAAAUACUUGUGUUUAGUUUGCAGUUCAGGAGAGUCGAAUGCCAUGUCACUACCUUUAUUGUAUAAUGUUUUUUUCUUUUGAUGCCUGCGUGACGGUGCCCCCAGACUUGUCCGACGUGCUCUUGUAUAAUAUUGCUACUAACCGGCCGUGAACCUUUAGUGUGUAAUACCCAGAUGUGCUGCACUGUGCCUUCGUUGAAAUCCCCGGUGAAGUCAGUGGAUUUUCUACAUGGCCGUAGCUCUGUCUGUUGCCUACUGAUUGCCAAAUCAGACGCAGUAAAACCCAGUAGAGAUUUUCCAUUUGCGUCUCGCAGAGUGCCCUCCUGUGACUUUCCCCCCCCCCCCCUUACGUUCAGGAGUUUUCUAACUGGAAACCUGAAAAGUGUACAAAAUCUGCGUAAAUUCCCAUAGCAUUGCCGAGGAUUUUAGCCAUUUUGAACUUUAUUUUUUUAAAUAAGCUGAAAGACAAAGAACACAAUUUUACACAUUUGCUUUCUCUUACGUAGCCUGGAAUCAUACACACUUUUUUUUUUUAAAGCACAAUGUUGGAACUUUUUUUUUUUUUUUUUAAUAAUUAAGGGUUUGGUCAAGUGGAUUUUGUAAAAUGUAUUUGUCUGUAUAAAGAGAAAAUGAAAUUAUAGUUAUUGUUAAUGUACUGACAUUAGUUACAGGUUAGUUUUAAUUCUUAAAUAAUUUGCUUAGCAAAUGCUAUAAAAUGGAUGUUUCAGUUUAAUGUUUAAAAAAGGUACAGAUUUUUACAAGGACAUAAUAUAAAUUAUUGUUCUGUAGAAAAUACCCUGUUAAAUAUUGUAUACGUCCUUCCCUCUGUACACUUUGUAAAAAAGACAAAAGAAAAAAACAAAAUACAUAGAAUCAUAUAGGGAUGUGUGACAUUAUUGUAAUUGUGUACUUGAUAAUAACGUGAAAAAAUAAAAUUCAAAAUAUUUUCCUGUUAA